AUGAAAUAAAUUUUAUGCCUUUGGCUUCUGAUAGGAAUAUCAUUAAGUGUAACAACAUCAAUAACUGAAUGUUCAUGUACACAAUUACUAUCAAAGACAGAUUGCACAAAGAGAACUUCACUUGGCUGUUCAUGGGAUGAAACUAAAAAUACGUGCUCAAAAGGCACUGUUACUCCUCCCGUAACAACAACUUAUGCAUCCUAUUGUUAAAACUUCGCACAAGCUGAUUGUGUAAAGACCUUUGGAUGCUUAUGGAAUACUGAUAAAUGCACCCAUUUUACAGGAUGCACAGCAUUUAAAAAGACUACAGAUGAUGAUUGCAAAGCUAUAUCUAACAGAUGUAUUACAGAUGGAGUUCAUUGUGUAGAGAUUGCAGAAUGCAAAUCAUAUUUGAAUUAGGUCUCAUGUGUAGUGAAUUCUGAUAAAAAAGAUUGUUUCUGGAAGGAUAAUGCAUGUAUUGAUGCUACAUUGUGUGAACAAUAUCCAAAAACCCUAACAACUGAUGAACAAUGUAGAGCUAAGAAUGUCAAAUGUACUGUUGCAAAGAGUGGAACUGGAUGUUAGGAUAGUGCUACAUCUUGUGCUUCAUAAGAUGGACAACCACAAUGCAAAUAUGGAGAUCAGUAGGCAAAAUAGAAAUGCUAUUGGAAUGGAAAUGCAUGUGUGAAUAAGACUUGUGAUUAAGCUCCCACUUCCAACACAAGACAUGAACAAUGUUUUACAGAUUAUGAUCCCAGUUGUACUACAAAUGGAGCUGGAUGUAGAUAAAUAACAAUUUGUAGUGAUGCAAAGCUAUAAGAGGGUUGUAAAAUUAAUAGUUCUGGUUAAUAAUGUAUUUGGGUUGAAGGUUCAUGCAGGGAUUAUAAAUGUGAUUCUGCCCCACCUUCAAAGAAUACGAACUCCUUAUGUAAUGGCUUUAUCCCAGGAUGUGUUACAAAGAAAGAUGGAGGUUGUAAAGAAAAUGGUACUUGCAGUUCCCUUGAUGUAGUUGCAUGUGAGAAGGAUAAAAAUAAUUCACCUUGUGUAGUUAAUGGAACAUUAUGUAAAGAUAAAAUAUGUGACAAUGCCCCUACUACAAAUACAACUCAUGAAGCAUGUACCUUAUAUCUCCCCACCUGUACAGUAAAUGCUACUUCAAAGGGAUGUAGAAUCAGAUCAUGUGAUAAUGCACCAUCUACCUUGGUUUCACUUACUGAUUGUAGCAGUUAUUGGCCUAAUUGUAUACCUAAAAAAGGAGGUGGUUGUUAAAAUCUUACAACCUGUGAUAGAAUUGAUGUUUAAGAAGUGUGUCUCAAGGAUUAAUCUAGUAAAGAUUGCGUUUGGGAUAAAGAUUUGAGUAAGUGUCUUGAUAAGACUUGUGCAAAUGCACCAGCUGAUUCUAAGACAUCACAUGAAAAAUGCAAUGGAUAUUUGUCAUCUUGUACAGUUAAUUCUUAAAAGAAUGCUUGUAUUGAUAUGAUUUGCGAAAACAUUGUAGAAUCAGGAGAUUGUAAAGUUGAUAAAAGUGGUUCAAAAUGCAAAUAUAAGAGCUCUUGUUAUAAAUAAGAAUGCCGUUUAGCAUCAUAAUCUAUAACUACAUAUUCUGGAUGCUAAUCACAUAUGCCAUCUUGUACACUUGACAAUACUGGAAAAGGAUGUAUGCCAAUCCCACCAAGUUGUGGUGCUAUCAAAACAUAGGAGGGUUGUGUUUCCAAUUCAUUAAACGGAGAUUGUGCAUGGUCUGGUGGUAAAUGUCAAGAUAAAUCAUGUUCCACAGCACCAUCAACAACUACCGAUAAUACUGCAUGUGGCAGCUAUAAAAAUAAUUGUUUAGUAAACAAUACUGCAAAUGGAUGUAUUGAUCCUACUACUUUUGCUUGCACAUCACGUUAAAUUGAGGACAACUGUUAUUCAUCAGUAGGAUUUAAAUGUGUCUUUAGUCCUUCUAAGAAAUGUUAGCCAAGAAGUUGCGACACUGCAUCAGAUAAUACAAUUACCUCACCCAGUACUGGUGGAUAUCUCACAUCAUUUACUAAUUCAAAUUGUAGGGCUUAUUUUGAUGGUUGUGUUGUUAAUAAUUCAAAUAGUGGAUGCCGAAACAAAGCUUCUCAAUGUGCUGAUUAUAAUUAAUAUAAUUGCUCUGAAAAAACAGCCACUGAUAAAUCAUGUUAUUUGAACUCAGAUAAUACUUGUGUUGACCUAGUAUGUGAAAAAAUUAAGUUAACUACUCAUGUUGCUUGUGAGGGCGUUUCAGGAAUGAGUUCAGCAUGUACAGUAGCUAAAGGUAGCACUCCAACUGCAUGUAUGACUAAAUUGGAAAGUUGUGGAUAAUAUGAAUAGAAUUAAUGUAAGAGCACUAAAUCUGGAAAAAAAUGUAUUUGGGAUAAGGCUGCAUGUAGGGAAGCUACAUGUUCUGAUGCCACAGACGAUGGUUCAUAUAAUACACAUAAAAAAUGUAAUGAUUAUGUUAGUACUUGUACUGUUAUCGAAAGAGUAGACAAUAAAGGUUGCAUACCCAGAAAAGCUAAUUGUAGUGAUUAUACUUCUAAACCUUAAUGUGUUCUUAAUUCUGCUGGCGGUUCAUGCUAUUGGAAUGGAAAUGAUACAUGUGUGACUUUUAGUACCUUGACUUGUGCUUAAAUUGUUUUGGCAUCAUAUAGUGAUGCCAAUUGUGAAGCUGCUAAAAAUACUUGCAAGGCUAAUUCUACAACUGCUUGUCAAAAUAAAAUUUGUGCAGACUAUACAAAGGUUGAAGGAACAGCAUCUGGCACAGCUGUUUCCACUGAGGAUCAUUGCAAAUCUUUAGAUUCAAGUUGUACUAUUAAUAGUGCUUCUACAAAAGCUUGUAUGACAAAACCAGCAACAUGUACAGGAACAGAUUAAAAUGCAUGCUCAUACUCUACAGCAGGAGAAUGUUUUUGGGACGGUACUAAUUGUGUAUUAAAAUCUACUGUUUGUAUUUAAAAAACUGGAACUAAUUUGACCUUUGCUUAAUGCUAAGCUGUUAAUUCAACUUGUUCUGUCAACCUUGCUGGUACUGCUUGUAUUGAUAAAAAAGCUGCUUGUUCAGGUUAUACAAGUGCACUUGCAAGCUGUAGAAAAUCAACCGCUGGAUUGUGUAAGAUUAGCGGUACUGAUUGUGCCGACAUUGAUGCAACAUUAGAUUGUACUAAAAUUGUUAAAAAUGGCUCCGAUAAAUUAACAUAUGAAAUAUGUUAAGACUUUAGUACAUCAUGCUCAGUUAAAGCAGAUGGAUCUGCUUGUUUAACGAUUGGAACUUGUAGCUCUUAUGUUGCUGCUGCUGGAGCUGAUUGUGUAAAGGGUUCCGAUGGAACAUGUUUGUGGUAUGAUUCUGAUGGUGCUGCCGGAGCAAAUGCAGCUAGUUGUGUAGCUAUAGCAGCUGGUAGUGAUUGUGCCAAAGUAACUGAUGCAGGUAGCGCCCUUACAGAUGAUAAAUGCUAAUCAUAUAAUUCAAGCUGCUAUGCUUUAUCAGAUGGAUCUGCAUGUUUUGAAAAGAAAACAAAUUGUUCUGAUUAUGUAUAAAAAUCUUGCACAAAAACUUCAGGUGGAGCUAAAUGUUAUUGGUAUACCCCAAGUGGAGGAGGUACUGCUUCUUGUAUAUAAAUUUCAACUGCCAGCUCUGAUUGUCCCAAACUAUUGAAAGCAUAAUUAUCAAAUACUAAUACUUCUGAUGCAAUAUGUAAAGCAUUCAAUGCUUCUUGCGUGAAAAAUAGUGAUGCUUCUUCUUGCGUUGAAGUGAAAACAAAAUGCUCUGAUUACACUGGUUCAUCUACAAAUUGUGUAAGCACUUCUGGAGGAAUUAAGUGUUACUGGAAUACAAGUGGAACUGCUGCUUGUAUAUAAAUAAAUGCAACAGAUUGUGCUAAAGUAACAGGUACUGGAUUAACAUAUAGUGAUUGUCAAUCCUACAAUACAAAUUGUAGCGUUAAUACUGCUGCUAAUGCUUGUGAAGCUAAAUCAUGUACAAAUAAGCCUACACCAUGGAAUCAUUCUGCAUGUUCAACUUACUUGUCAACUUGUACAGCCAAUAAAGUGACUGGAGCUGAUGCAUGCAAAAAUGCACCAAAUAAAUGUUCAGAAGUUACUGUCUAAGCAGACUGCAUAGGUUCUGUUACCGAUGCAGAUUGUGAGUGGGUUGUUGGUAGCGAUGGAGGAUAAUGUGUGAAAAAGACUUGUUAUACUAAACCAACUACUACAGCAUUAACUCAUUCAGAUUGUAAUACUUAUUUAAAUACUUGCACAGUUGCAAAAGUAGGUGGUUGUAUUCCUAAGGCUGCAUGUAAUACUUAUUUAUCCUCUGAAUAAUGCACAAAUGGAGGAAGUUGUUUCUGGAAUGAAAAAAAGGCUUUGACAUGUGUAGAUCUUUCAUGUGAUAAAAUUGAGGAUUCUUACAAUACUCACGCAUUAUGUAAUGGAAUUUCUAGCUUGAAAUGUACAGUUAAAUCUACAGGAGUAGGAUGUUAAAACAGAUAGGCUACAUGUUCCAGUUAUAAUGAUAAAAAUUGUUACCUAAACUCAGCUGAAUGGCCAUGUGUCAUGGUAACACAGGAAGAUGGUUCAAAUAAAUGCAUGGAAAAAGCUUGUACAACUGCAGGAAGUUCCUACACUGACCAUAAUGGUUGUUAUGAUUACUAUAAGGCUAAUGCUGGAACCAAGAAAUCAGACCAUUGCACAGUUGCUAUAGUGACAGCCGCAGAUGGAACAGUUUCUGCUUCUGGAUGUUAAAAGGUUGGAAACUGUACUGAUUAUGGUUAAGCACAAUGCUUUGUUGAUUCUGAAGGGAGAACCUGUGUUUGGGAUGACACAGCUAAAUGCAGAAUUAAGACAUGUGAAACUGCACCUGAUACAGAAAGUUAUGAUAGCGAUGAUGAAUGCAAAUUAUAUUUGGAUGAUGGUACAUGUACAGUUGCAUCAGAUAAUAUGGGUUGUGUUGUUAGACCUGACAAAUGUGAAGGAAUGACUGAAAAAUAAUGUGUUAAGGAUAAAGGAGGAAAUGCAUGUUAAUAUUUGGAUGGUGCAUGCUAUACAAAAGCUUGUUCAACUGCUCCAAGUGAUGUAACCACUAAAGAUGGAUGUGCUAGUUAUUUCUCAGGAUGUACUUUGGAUGAAAGUAGUAAAUGUAAACUUGAAAUUUGCGAAGAUUUCACAUUCACUACAGAUGACGAAUGCUAAAAAGCAAAAGCUGGUUGUACUACUAAUGGUACUAAAUGUGUAUUGAGAACUUCAUGUUAAGCUGUCACUAAUGUUGCAGGAUGUGUGAAAGAUGAUUAGAAUGGAAAAUGUUAAUGGUUGACAGCCAGUAGCACUUGUGUUUCAAGAACUUGUGCAACAGCUCCUGUUUCUACUGAUUAUGACACUGAAGCAGAAUGUAUAGCCUACAAAGAAGAAUGUACAACUAAGUAAGGAGGAGGAUGUGUUAUUAAAUCAACAUGCUCUGCUGCAACAGCAGAAUCAGCAUGUAAUAAUGUUGCAGGCUAACCCCUUAAUAAAUGUACCUGGGACAAUGGUAAAUGUAGAGAUCAAGGAUGUUAAGAUUUUUCCUUUGCUACUCAUGCAGAAUGCAAAGCUGCAACUACUAAAAUUAAAUGCACUGCUGGCUUGAAUGGUAAAUGUACCACCCAGUUAACUUGUGAAGCUGCUACAGUAAGAGCUGCUUGUAUUGAAGGAUUGUAUAAUGGAACAUAUCAACCAUGUCUUUGGAUUUCUGGUGCAAACUCUGGAAAUGGAGGUUGUUUCCAAUAUUCUUCAUGCAAGAGUCUAAUUUGGACAGACCAUGAUGAAUGUUAAAAGAUCUCAGGCUAAUGUACUACAGAUGGAUCAACUUGUUUGGCUAUUACUUUAUGUUCAGAAACAAAUACAAAGGGAUGCAGAGUUGGAUAUGAUGGUCCUUGCAUUAAGACUGUUCCAGCACUUGAUUCAACUGAUUCCGCUAUUUGUAAAGCUUAUACUUCAUGCACUGAUGCAUUCUAUAAGACUCACAGAUUAUGUUAAGAAGCAAGUAAUAAAUGCACAACUAAUGGUGUAACAUCUUGUGCUCCUCUUGCUGCUUGUUCAACUUAUGGUCUUUAAGAAGCAUGUGUCUUAAACAAUGUUGGUGCAGUUCUUGAGUAGACAACUAAUUUGAUUACAUCAACAGGUUAAUGUGCUUGGGAGAAUGGUACUUGCAGAGAUGAAGUUUGUAAGGAUCUUAAAGGAAUAACUCAUGAUUAGUGCUACAGGUAAUUGAAAGGUUGCACUUCAGAUGGAACUAAUUGUUUAGCAAUUUCUACUUGCGCAUCUUAUACUUCUUAAAUAGCUUGUACAACUGCUAAUGGAUCUGAUGGACCUUCUGGUAAAUGCUUAUGGGAUGCUACAGCCAAUAACAAUGCUGGAGCAUGCAGAGUAUACCAAUGUUCAGAUAUUGCUGGAGGCAUAUCAACAUCUAUCUGUCAGGCUGGAUUAUCCACAUGUGUUUCCAAUGGAACUAUCUGUAUUGACUAAGCAAAUUGCAGUAGUACAUCAUAUCAAAAUAAAAUUGCUUGCAACUCUGCAGGAAAGGAUGGAAUUUGUGUCUUCACUAAAUCUACUGCUACAGGUGCCACUGAAAACUAAGGUACAUGUGCCUUGAUGACAUCAUGCACAUAAGCUAAAAAUGAUCCAAAGGCCUGCGCAAAUGCCAAAGACAGAUGUUCAUUUACUCCUGAAUCAAAAUCAGGAACAACAACCGUUCCUAGCAAAUGUGAUCCACAUACCUGCGCUUCAUAUAAAUAAAGUAAUAAUGGAAAUUGCGUUAAUUUCUUAAGUUGGGAUUAAAAAUCUUAACAAAUUUGUGUUGUCGAUGGUGCUGAUUGUAAAGAAAAGGACCCUGCUACUUUCACCCAAGAUUAAUGCUACUUGACUUCAGGAUAUACAUAUACUUGGAGCACUUCUACAAAUAAAUGUGGAGUAUGCACAGCUGUUUAACCUAAUAAUAAUAACACUACAGAUCCUAAUACAACAACUCCAAACAACACAGAUACCUCAGGUUACAUUCUAGGUUUCACAACUAUUAUCUUAGGAUAUCUAGUUUUCUGA